AUGCGCCACAUUCCGGCAUGGUUCGUGGCCUGUCUGGCUGCGGCCACCGCCUCGGCCUCUGCCCCGACUUGCAGCACCGACAGCAAGUGUCCGGAAGAGUAUCCGUGCUGCUACAGCGGACAAUGUGGUGUAGGAACCUACUGCCUGGGAGGUUGCAACCCUCUUGAAUCGUACUCGCUCGACAGCUGCACGCCCGAGCCAAUUUGCAAGAAUCAGACCUACACGUUUACGAACAUGGACAAUGCGGUCCUGUACGACCACUACCUUGGUAACGCCUCCGAAUACGAUUGGGUGUACAGCGGCUACCCCAAGAUCAAGAAUGAGAGUCUGUGGUUGACGAUGCCCAACGGCACGACGGGCAGUCUGUACUCCCUCAAUCAUUACAUCUGGUACGGCAAGAUCUCGGCCAAGAUCAAGAGCAGCCGGACGCAGGGUGUUGUGACGGGUUUCAUUCUGAUGUCGGAUGAUUUUGAUGAGAUCGACCUUGAAUGGGUUGGAUACAAUCUUUCGAGCGCGCAGACAAACUUUUACUUCCAGGGCGUGGAGAACUAUACCAAUGAGGUCAAUGCCGCCGUGUCUACCGGCAACACCUUUGACGAAUGGCAUACCUACACGAUCGACUGGAAGCCCGAUGUGCUGGAGUGGCUCAUCGAUGGCACUGUGAUGCGCACCCUGACCAAGAACUCUACCUACAACGCCACCUCGGGUAUCUACCAAUACCCGCAGACUCCAUCCCGGCUGGAGAUGUCUAUCUGGCCCGGUGGCUCGGAGGCCGAGGGACAGGGUACCAUUGAAUGGGCCGGCGGUCUCAUCGACUGGGACAGCACGGAUAUCAAGGAGUACGGCUACUUCUAUGCGCAAUACAAGGACAUCACGGUCGAGUGCUACCCUGCCCCGUCUGGCACCAUCGACAAAGGUGACACAUCCUACGUGUACACGAGCGACAGCGGUCUCUCGGACACCAUUGAACUUUCCGGCAACAGCACCGUGCUUUACAACCUGCAGGAUACUGGCUUGAACAUGACGGCUGGCACCAAGAUGUCUGAUUCUGCCACGGCCUCGGGAUCCAGCUCUGGAGCCAGUAGCACCGGCGGCAGCAGCAGCAGCAGCAAGAAGGAGAGUGCGGCAUCCGGCUAUGGUGAGCGCGUGAUGGAGGGAUCGGUGCUUGCGGCCGUUGGUGCCGUUGUUGCACUGGGUCUGUUUUAG